AUGGAUCCCGUUGGAAAAGGCCAGUCGGCCGGCGGCUGGAAAUCAUGGACAACCAGGAAGAAGCUCUUCGUCCUCUCGCUCGUUCUACUCAUCAUCAUCGCCCUGGGAGUCGGUCUCGGAGUUGGACUAGGCAUCGGUCUGGGCGGCGGCGGAGAAGGUGAAGAAGGCUCAGGCGGGCAGACCACACCGCCAGAAGGCAACUACACAACGGCGAAGUGGCAGCCAGCAGUGGGAACAAAAUGGCAGAUCGAGCUGCUACACGCUUUGAACGACACCUCCGUCGACGCAGAGAUAUACGACAUCGACCUGUUCACCAACAACCAGUCCACCAUCGCAGGACUACAACAAGCCGGCCGCAAGGUAAUCUGCUACUUCUCGGCAGGGAGCUACGAGAACUGGCGACCGGACAAGGACAAAUUCAAGGACUCGGAUCUGGGCAACGACCUGGCCGACUGGCCCGGAGAGAAAUGGCUGAACAUCAGCUCGCAAAACGUCCGGCAGAUCAUGCUCGACCGGCUGGAUAUGGCACGCGACAAGGGCUGCGACGGGGUGGACCCGGACAAUGUCGACGGGUACGACAAUGACAACGGGCUGGACCUGACGCAGGCGGACUCGAUCCGCUUUGUGAAUUUCCUGGCGAAUGCGGCGCAUGCGCGGAAUAUGUCGAUUGGCUUGAAGAACGCGGGGGAUAUCAUCCCGUCGGUGAUCAAAAACAUGCAGUGGAGUGUCAACGAGCAGUGUGCGCAGUACAAAGAGUGCGACACCUACGCUGCGUUUCCGCAGAAUGGCAAGCCGGUGUUUCACAUCGAGUAUCCCAAGGGGGAUGAGACCAACAAUGAUCUGUCCGUCACGGCCAACCAGAAGGACGCGGCCUGUGAGUUUGCGGACUCGGGGAAUUUCUCGACUGUCAUUAAGAAUAUGAAUCUGAACAACUGGGUUGAAUAUUGUUAG